AUGAGUCAGAAAAAUACCCGUAUUGCCAUUGUCUCUGACGACAAGUGCAAACCCAAAAAGUGCAGACAAGAGUGCCGAAAGGGGUGUCCGGUGGUCAAGACCGGAAAGCUGUGUAUCGAAGUGACGCCAAGCUCGAAAAUCGCCUUCAUCUCGGAAACAUUGUGUAUCGGAUGUGGUAUUUGUGUCAAGAAGUGCCCGUUCGGAGCCAUCAACAUCAUCAACUUGCCAACCAACCUUGAGAAAGAGGUUACCCAUAGAUAUUCCGCCAACUCGUUCAAGCUUCAUAGAUUGCCUACCCCGCGUCCAGGACAGGUGCUGGGUCUGGUGGGGACGAACGGUAUUGGAAAGUCCACAGCAUUGAAAAUUCUUGCCGGUAAGGAGAAGCCAAACCUCGGAAGAUACGACGACCCUCCAAACUGGGACGAGAUUCUGCGUUAUUUCAGAGGAUCUGAGUUGCAAAACUACCUCACCAAGGUGCUCGAAGAUAAUAUCAAGGCCAUUAUCAAGCCGCAGUACGUGGAUAACAUCCCGCGUGCCAUCAAGGGACCAAUGAACAAAGUCGGAGAGUUAAUAAAGGCCAAGCUCGAAAGACAGGACGCUGCCAAGACGGUGGUGGAGACGUUGGAAUUAAAGGCCAUUUUGAAAAGAGAGGUUUCCAAACUGUCUGGUGGUGAGUUGCAAAGAUUCGCAAUUGGUAUGACAUGCGUUCAAGACGCCCAGGUUUACAUGUUUGACGAGCCUUCGUCAUAUUUGGACGUGAAGCAGCGUCUGAACGCUGCCUACAUCAUCAGAUCGCUUCUGCAGCCGACCGUUUACGUGAUUGUGGUGGAGCACGAUUUAUCUGUGCUGGAUUACCUGUCGGACUUUGUUUGCAUUCUUUACGGUGUUCCAUCCGUGUACGGUGUGGUGACUCUUCCAGCAUCUGUCAGAGAAGGUAUUAACAUCUUCCUUGACGGUCACAUUCCAACAGAAAACUUGCGGUUCAGAACCGAGUCGUUGCAGUUUAGACUCGCUGAUGCUUCCGACAAGAUGAUUGUGGAUCAAACACACGCCUUUUCGUACCCAUCCAUGGUUAAGACCCAGGGAGAUUUCAAGCUCACUGUGGAGGCUGGAGAGUUCUCCGACAGUGAGAUCAUUGUCAUGAUGGGAGAAAACGGUACCGGAAAGACCACUUUGUGUAAGUUGUUGGCUGGUGCCAUCACUCCUGACGAGGGAAGCAAGGCUCCAAAGUUGAACGUUUCGAUGAAACCACAAAAGAUCGCUCCAAAGUUCACCGGUACAGUGAGACAGCUGUUCCUGAAGAAGAUCAGAGCGUCGUUCCUGCAUCCUCAAUUCAACACCGACGUGGUGAAGCCAUUAAGAAUAGAAGACAUCAUUGACCAAGAAGUGCAGCAUCUUUCUGGUGGUGAGUUGCAGAGAGUUGCCAUUGUUCUUGCUCUGGGUAUGGAGGCCGACAUCUACCUGAUCGACGAGCCUUCUGCUUACUUGGACUCGGAGCAACGUAUUAUCUGUUCCAAGGUGAUUAGAAGAUUUAUUCUCCACUCCAAGAAAACCGCCUUUAUCGUGGAGCACGAUUUCAUCAUGGCCACGUACAUGGCAGACAAGGUGAUGGUGUUCGAGGGUGUGCCAUCGAAGACUGCUACUGCGAAGAAGGCAGAGUCCUUGUUGACGGGAUGCAACCGGUUCUUGAAGAACCUGAACGUGACGUUCAGAAGAGAUCCAAACUCGUUCAGACCUAGAAUCAACAAGUUGGACUCCCAGAUGGACAAGGAGCAGAAGCUGAGCGGUAACUACUUCUUCUUGGAUAACACCGAGUUAUAA